AUGGUGUUUUGGGAUGGUUAUGUGAGUGACGAGACAAUGGGCACCUUUGCUCCCAUAGUGGUUUACUGGAUCUAUGCUGGCUUCUUUCAAGUGAUGCUGGCUUCUGGUUUUCUGGACAAGCACCGGCUGCAUACAAGGGAAGAAGGAGAAAAGAAGAACUUGGUGCCAUUGUCAACUGUGAUCAAGGGUGUUCUGCUUCUUCAGAUUAUGCAGAUUGCAACCGCGCAUUUGUACUUCUCGUUAACAUCGAGUGGAGUAGUACUUGCACCACAGACGGCGGCGACUAUCCAGCCGUCGUCGUCCAUUCCGAUUCAGAUCCUGCAAAUCGUCGUAGCGAUGUUCGUGAUGGACGCGUGGCAGUACUUCGGCCACCGAUACAUGCACCACAACAAGUUCUUGUACCGCCACGUACAUUCCCAACACCACAGGCUGGUUGUGCCUCAGGCUGUUGGAGCCAUGUACAACCACCCGCUCGAGGCUCUGUUGCUCGACGUGGGAGGGAGCGUCGCCUCGCUGCUGGUCUCUGGAAUGACUCCUGGGGCCGAGGUGGUUUUUCUCUGCCUGGCUUCGAUGAAAGGCGUGGAUGAUCAUUGCGGAGUUUGGUUCCCAAAUGGCGCCGGGGGCAAUAAUGUUGUUCUCCACUUGCUAGUUGCAAAUCGUUCUGCCUAUCACGACGUUCAUCAUCAAUCUCGUGGCGGAAAGUACAACUUUUCGCAACCUUUUUUUUCGUUUUGGGACAGGCUCAUGGGGACUCAUAUGCCCUGUGUUGUGUUGAAGCGCCCGGGAGGAGGCUAUGAAGCGAAGAUGGCGAUGAAAGAGUAG